AUGGGAUCUGUUUCACCCUCUCAAAGUUCGACGCCCCUUCGAGCUGGGCUACAGUACUCAUCAGAAGGUCAGAUGGAUGCCCGUGUCGUCAAUUUUGAUGACAACCACCGCUCAGGUAUCCGACCUGUCGAAUCAAAGGACUCUCCUGUUCGAUUCCUUCGACAGGGCCACUUGGAAGUGUCUUCUCGCCCGCAUGCAUUUUCCCAACUGGGCUCUCAACAAACUGGGCAUAUGAACAUGCCGAGCUCUGCAGAUGCAAUGAUGCAUCUUAAGAUAGAGCAUGAUCGUCCAAAUCAGUAUUUGCUUACCACAUCCGCUGCCCUUCCAGCCAUUCCUGCACCUGGCAUAUUGGGUGCUCAUGAACCCAGCCGCAAGACUCCUCGGGUUCGCCACCGCGUGGAAACUCACUAUCGUCCUGCCUUCCCUGGAUUAAACUCUUUUUCUGAAUUUGAUAGCCACCAGACCCAAUGGGCUUUCAAUCCGCUUUUGGAGCCAGCCUUUACUCCGCCUCAAGUGACCCAUACUCGUCCGACCUCAUACGCCUCGUAUGCACCACAGGCUUAUGAAUCAUACCCACUCAGCCCUACCUCGCCUCGUUUCGUUGAGAGGGAACGACGGGAAACCCAUGAGCCGUUCCUUGAGCCUCAUCAUUCUGGUCGUUUCAGUGUCAACGGAUCUCAUACUCGGCAAGUAUCUAACGCUCAGACUUCUGAUCCGUUUAUGACCCGGGGCUCAUCUAAGGCCUUUUCAACUACUCGAGGCUACGUGGGUGAUACGGGUGAAGGGUUCCCACCUGGGGGCUAUUCGGCGAGUACUGGGCUGAUCACCAAUCAUCAGAAGUCAGAUCAGCAAUAUCUGCUACUAAAGAAUUACGACCUUACGAUCGCCGCUUUCUGUAAGAUUGGGCCUUCCUUGGUUGAGAUUGAUACAAAGGGUCAAUUCUGGGUUGGUUUCACCGAUAUCAGAGAGGCUCAGAAAUUCACCCGCCGAAUUUUCGAGGAUCAUACAAGCUGGAACCUUGAGCCUGUGAGUGACACAACAUUCAAACAUGGUGCCAGGCUUCCCAAUUCCCAAGCAUCCAUCUUCGACGACCAAGUUUUGGUCUUUGUCUAUAGUGGACCAGGAUCAAAUCUUACGGCAGGUAGCCUGGUUGGCGCAGUCAAAUCCGUUCUCGACCUCGUGGGCCCAGUUUACGCUAUAAAGGAUCUUGACCUGGAUAAUUCGACUACGAGUGCUCGUUUUACCAAAUACGAGAUGAUAGUUCGGUACUUUGAUUCUCAGCAUGCCGCGAAUGCUGUCAAAGCUCUUAAUUCUGUCAGAGAAGAGAACUUUGUCAUCGAAGUUCUUCCGUACAGCAGAGGAAUGGAGGCUGGCAAGGUUCGCCACUGGUCUGUUCCCACCCAAGAGACAACGCGAGACCACAGGUCCGACCCAUACAUGUCCCCAGAGGAUCGUGAUCGCUCGCCUGCUACCCCUGAGCGAUCUCCACUCAGCCUUUCGCAAACGAUUAACCCACAGCACAUUUUGACAGGAGAAGACGCCCGAACCACGGAACAGGUCAUGCUCAAGAAUAUUCCGAACGGAAUGAAAUGGAACAACCUCAAAGCGAUCCUUGACGAAACUUCGGCGUGCAAAUACGAUUUCCUUUACUUACGCAUGGACUUCGAAGAAAACCAGAACGUGGGUUACGCAUUCGUCAAUUUUCUCUCGCCAGAGGAUAUCAUUCCUUUUGCGACGGCUCGAGAGGGAAAGCACUGGCCUGGCUACAACCGCCCCUCAGAAAAAAUCGCGGAGAUCUCCUACGCAACUUCUCAAGGGAGGGCAUCAUUGGUUGAAAAAUUCAGGAACAGCCCUGUCAUGCUGGACUUGCGCGACAAUCGACCUAAGCUGGCUCCUUGGCUGGUCAGGAAGCCCCGUUCCCGCCGGUCAACAACUUCUGGACCCUGGCUAAAGGCGUUGACCGUAGCUUGUACCGUGUUGGUCCCCGUUCAGGUGGAAAUGGACCACCACGAGGUCGCCGACCUUCGGAAGGUACCUACUUCGAAACACCCGCACGAGGCCGCCGUGACUAUGACGAUCCACAUGAUCCUCCGUGCUCCAGUCGAGGAGCUCGUGUUUACCAUUUCUCAGGCUCCUCUCAUUCUUCAGGGUCUCCAGGCUCCACUCAUUAAAGGACUUUCUGCCCAUCAAUUACAUGUGCCAACUACCUCGGCGAUCAUGCGCGGCCUAUCUUGA